AUGACCGCUGACCAUGCCGGGAUGUUGGACGCCGCGACGCCGUCACCAUCUGCCGCGUCAGCGCGACCGGUGAAACGAGGCGCCUCGGUGGCGGAGAAUCGGAGGUCGAAGCGGGCGAAAUACGCUCCGGUGGCCUGCAAUGAGUGCAAGAAGAAGAAGCUCAAGUGCAUUAAAGAAGACAACGAGGAAACUUGCCGGAGAUGUAUCACCAGCGAGGCCACUUGCGUCUUUACUGUGACCAACCAGCCGCCGGCUUCGCAGUCGCAGUUGCAGCCACCGCCGCCAAAGGAAACCAGCCAUGAUGUCUCAACCGAUAAGGAUGAUGGCGACCGGUCGCACGAUAACAACUUGAGCGAUGAAGUUGCCAGGCUCCGGGACCAGGUCGCCUCCUUGACUGCAUCUCUCCGCGAAAUCAACAACAGAACCGCCUUUAUCAACUCACGCUCACCGGCUGUCACCACCCAGCAGAACCCAAGCCCAGUGUACAUGAGUGAAUCAAAUUAUCGCCCCAGUGAGCCGAGGCAACCGCAGUUCGUUGGCCCGACCAGGUCUACCUUCAGUCUGCGCAUCGCGGAAACCUCACUUACUCGCAUGGGCAUCCAGACCGGCGAAACUCCAGAGAGUAGAUCAGCGUCACCCGCACCGUCUGAGAAUCCUUCCCCAGAGAACUCGGCGCCGCAAGCAGGAGCCUCCCAGAAACAGGAGUCGGAUUGCUUGUUGAAUUUCGAGCUUGAUGAGAUCCAACGCCUACUGGAUGUCUACGAGGAAGAGGUCGAGUCUGUGUACCCUUUUACCAACAUAAAGGAAUUCUCAUUGCGGAUGCCCGAUAUUCUUGAAUACGUCCGGAAUGUAGGAGAUACACCUCCGGAUCCUGACAACCCGGUCGACCCCCAGACUCAAAUCGAGCUGAAAGACGUUCAGAUAGUCAAGGUUGCCCUUGCUACAUCGAUUGUCAUGGAAGCCAAAGGAUCCAAUGCCCUGAGUAGAAAGCUCGUUGACUCCGUUGAGUCAGUGGUUUGCCGAGUCUCGGGUGAGGCCAAGAUAGAUCUAAAAGAGGUGCAAAUCAUGACAAUACUCAGCAUCUACUUCUUCCACUGUGGCGAGGAACUUCUGGCCUGGCGCGCCAUCGGUAUUUCUAGUCGUGAAGUUCUAGAAAUAGGACUGCACCGCCAGGCAAUUCUCUUGGAAAACUUCAAGGGGCACAAAGAACGAGACCUGGCUGUGCGAACCUUCUGGUGUGUCUAUGUUCUCGAUCGACGUUGGAGCUUCGGCACGAGUCUAUCCUUUGCUCUCAUCGACAAAGACAUUGAUCCGGAAUUACCUGAACCUGGCGAUGACUAUCCCUAUCUCCGAUGUAUGGUCGCUUAUGGCAGGCUUUGUUCAAAGGUCUGGGAGGCUCUUCCGCCUUUUGAGUUGCCAUCUCAAUUCAUUCCCAAGGAUUCAGUCGCCUUCUUGGAUUUCCUGACCCAGAACUGGCUCAAUGCAAUCCCGUCAGACCUCCAGCUCCGACAUCCUCGUCUGGGUCUCGCACCACGAAACCAACCCCGAGUGCUGCACCGUUUGCGGAUGCUUCUGUACCUCCGCGGCAAUCAUAUGCGUACACUCAUCCACCGCCAUCAUCUCCUUAGCACUUCAAGCAUCAAGGCAGAUAUGCACGGUGCCCGGUUAGUCCUCGAUAUCGCGCAGGACACCAUUGAGGUGCUAGUCCACUUGAAUGACACGAGCGAUAUAUAUGCACGGCAGCAGAACGCCUUCAACUACUUCCUAUUAAGCGCGCUGGCUGCCAUUCUUCUCGCAGUCUGCCAUGCGCCGAAUGUGUUUGCGGAGCCGUGUCGGGAGAGCUUUCUGAAGGCUGUGCAACUAGUCAAGAGCUUCGCCCGCGAUGGACAUGCAAGCCGGAGGCUGUGGAAAACCAUCCGCGGCCUGCUCCCUGGGUUCAAGGUAUUUGGCCUACAAAGCGACUCGGACAAGGGCGAGGGGCCUCGAGCCUUGACGAACGGCGGUGCAAGCUUGGAAAUACCAGUAGCUGAUGACACAGGAAAGAAAGCGCCGGAGAGAGCGGACACUUCGACGAGAUUUGGGGACAUGUGGGAUUCUCAGGAUAUGAGCCCUCACAUCGAUACAUCAGUUCCAGAUAUGCUCAGGAUGGGCGGGGAUCUGAUGAGUCUUUUUGAUGCAUUUGGUCAAACACAUGCUACACAGCCGGGAACGCCCGGUAUGCCACUUGGCUUUUCAGGCUUGGAGGACCCGGGGAUGCCCAUUGGGGAUCCAGAAGAGAUUUCUCGCCGAUUUCAGGGGUUGAUAUAG